UCCCGCUCCGUUAUUUCAAGGUUAUCAUCUCCUGCAGGAACCUCGCAGCUCGGCUCUUAUGGGAUUUCUGAUAACCGCAGUGUUUGUCUGGGCUGUGGUCGGAGUGGGAAGCCGGCCAGCUACCAUCCCCCUUAAUGAUGCAAAGGUUGAGUGUAUUAUUCAGGAAACUCUGAAUGAGGACGGGUCACAACAUGCGUGUGGCCCAGAGCUCACAGAGGAACUUGACGAGGUGCAACGACAUCAGAGUCUUCUCAGGGAGCUGCAGAAGUUGGCUGAUGAUGAGAUAGAGAGGGAGCAUGAGGAGGAGAGGGAGAACGAGCGUUAUGAGUACAACUUGGCCGAAGUUGAGAGCAGCUUUGAGCAGAGGGACGAGGAGGAGGACAAGAAGGAGGAGAGAGACCUGACCAACCUUGUGAAAAAGACCGGCGAAAAGAAUAAUUACAAGACCGAGGGAGAUGACACCAAAGAGAAGAUGAUGGAGAGGCCACGUAUUGAUGACACAGGGAGGAAUGAUGAAGAGGAGAGAGCCAAGGAGCUUGAAGAGCUGCUGGCUGAGGAGAUCAACAAGAAAGUGAAGGAGGAGAGUAAUGAUGAAGAGCUCAAAGAACUGCUGAAAGAGUUGAAAAAGAAGCGAUAUGAGUCUGUGAAGGAGAGGGAGAUACAGAGAGGUUCUGAAACGGCCCAGAAGGAGGAGGUGGAGGAUAAGAAGGAAGAGGAGGAAAAAGAAAGUAAAGGAGAAACGGUGGAGGACUUGGAGAAGCAGAGGGUUGAGGAGAGGAAGAACAACGAGGUGGAGCUGAUGGUGGAGAAGGAGAAGGUGGAGAAGGAGCUCAAAGAGCUUCUCAAAGAGCAGGACAGCAAGGGCAAGCCACAGCAGGAGAGGGAGAUGAAGGAGAAGCAGGAGGAGCUGGAUGAACUUAUGAGGAAGAUGAAGAGGGUGAAUGAGGAAGAGGAGCAGGAGGAGCAGGGUGGGACAAAAGAGGAAGGGGUGGGUGACAUGCAGGCGGAGGAGAAAAGCGAAAAGGAGGAAGGAGAAGGAGAAAAGGAGUCUGAUGAGGAAGCAGAGAAUGAAGUCAAGAAGAAAGAGGAGGAGGUGGCAACAGAGGUGAAGGAGCCCCAGCAAAAGAGAGUGAUGGAGAAAGCCAGUGACGAGGCCACACGGCAGUUUGAGAGGGAAAGGUACAAAGGUGAAGAGGAAGAGGAGGAAAAUGGGGAGGAUGAGGAAGAUGAGGAUGAGUAUGUCAGAGAGGACGAGGAGGGGCAAGAGGAGGACGACGAUGAAGAGGGUGAAGUCGAAGAAGAUGAAGGGGAGGAGCUGCUGGAGAUUGAAGCAGAGUUGCGCAAAGUGGCUGCAGAGCUGAGAGAGCUUCGCAGAGGCUAAGUCACAUGCUCGCUCACUCACUCAUACACAUACAGACACAUAUACAAACACACACUGGACCGACAAAACCCUUUGUUGUACUCACAAUCACACAUUCACCUCACACAUUUCUCCCCUUGAACAGCCUUCAAGUCCCUUCAGCACUCAGAGAAAUAUCUUCAGUUGUCAAUCUGUAAGUGGACUGUGGUGGAAAGUGUACACACUGUUGUUUCAUGCCUGCUUUUAGAUGACCUGGAAAAGGCCGUCUCUGUUCAUGUGAAUGUUUUUGAGUGUUGAGGAGAAGGAGAUGCCUCUUCUGGAUGAUCUGAAAGCUUGCUGUGUCCGUCACUCGUGUCCCUGGCUCUGUACCUGUAAAUGCUGUUUGUGAAGUAGACAGGUGAUGUCGCUUCAGUUGUAAACCGCCGUGGACACAAAGCAUUCAGCACUUUGAUUCAAAUGUUCAUUUUGACAGCAGAUUGCCGACCAUGCACACGCCAUCAUCUUUGAAAUGUGAGUCACAACAACCGUCAGCCAGAGCUACUCUCGUCUGAAGGUGUUAUCCUCAGUGGUGUGUUCUUGUGGGAUAAGCAGAUUCCCUACUAUAAGUACUAUGUGCAUUUCAAUAUAUAUUUUGUGCAAUAAUCGAUGUGAUAGCUGUUCCUGCUGUUCUGACUGUUAAUGAUAUGUAUUGUUGGUAUUUCUACACUGGAGUAAGUCAUUAGUUCCUCUUGAUUUCUUUGGUGACAUAGUAGAAACGGAGGAUUGUGUUUUAUUUGGCUCAUGCACUGUUAAAACCAGACUGUUUGUGAUGAACCAGGGUGACACAAAUAAACCGUAAAGGGGAGUGAUUGUAAAAUCUGCACGCCGACACAUAUGUCCGAUUUUGUACUGCGUGUGGGUUAGUGUGUGUUGACGGGACGUGAUGUACUUAGAGCUUACAAGGUCUAAAAGUGUCACCUCAGGUUCUCAGUCAGCUUUGCACUCUUAUCUUAACAAGCCAAGGAGAAGCCAAGGAAGAGAGGGAAACACUAAAGCCAUUUUUUCGUCUUUUGGUAACAGCAACACAGACAAUAACGCUCAGUCGUGUUACUUCACUGUCAUGUCAAUUGUGUAAAUAGUAGAUAUUAUGGUUUUUAAGCCAAGGUUAUAAGUAAACUGAAGUAAUGGCGCCCCCAAGAGGACACUGGGUAUAAAUGCAAAUGGUGCAGGAUGAACAGGGUUACCACUGGAGGCCCACUUGACUGCAAUAACACAAUGUAGACUACAGCACAUGUGAAUGCAAUAAUUAUUCAAGUAAUUCAUGUAUUUUAUUAUGUACUCAAAGUGCAUCAUGCAGUACUCAUCUAGCAAAUAUACUCUCUCUCUUUUUUCUACACAGCCAAGAUUUAAAAAACAUUUAUGUAUUUAAAUGCUGGCAAAGUUGCCGGCCAACUUGUGUAAACACAUAGUCAUAAGGAACAAUAAUCAUUCAGCACUGUUGAGCUCACUGCUGUCUAUUCCAAAGAGGAGACGAGAUGUUUGUUCACAUGGGAAUAAAUGAAAAAUGAAUGUACUGUAGUGUUCUUUUUAUAGAGAAUUGCUAAAUGUAUUUCCACUAAAAUGUAUCUCACAAACAAGCAGGAGAGAUAUAGGAAAUGUCUGUGGGUGGGGUCUGAUAUAUACUGGGCAUAGAGGAGAUUUCUAGAGACAGGAAAAAAUGUAUUAUAACAAAAACACCAUUUGUAAUAUUACUGGCCAAUCAGAGUGCUGUAUUUUGU